CACGGCAUGUCUGUAUCUUGAUGCGGCGUUCGGCAUGGCGGGAUACAGUGUGAGGAAAGUGCUAAGAUGCUUGGCAGUCCUACAAACCGUCAGCAUACCAACUAUCAAGCCAAGCAUUAAGCACCAAAAAGACACGAGCGGACCAAGCUUUGCGGAGUUGAGACUAUGCCCAACUCCGCAACGGCAUUCACAUUCACUACAAACACCGUACAAGAUCCACCCAGACAUACGCAACACCGCACACCACCACUACAUCCAUUCUCAUCCGCCUCACCCAUCCUACUCAAGCCAUGGCCACGUAACACAGCCACUUAUGCCACCGCCGCCGCCCGCGUACCGCCGGAACGGAAAGCUGCAGGCCUGCGAGCCCUGCAGAAAGGCCAAGCUCCGGUGCGACCACGCGGUGCCUGCGUGCGCCAGAUGCACCCGUCGGAACAGAGCCGACCUGUGCGUCUAUCACCCGGCGCCCCUGACCAGGCCAAAGUCCAAGCCCAAGUCCGCGUCUACGUUGCCUCAUGUCCGUUCUUCACGAGUGGCGUGGAUGUCGAGUUUGGGAGGUGGUUGGAGGGGGUCGGGUGGGAUGCGGAGGGGAUGUCGGGGUUUCCGGUGUGA